UUUUGCUAUCAAUAUAUGUGCGUGAAUGGGAGACUACUUGAGUAAAAUGGCAUAUUAUCGACGGUACAACCGCUCUUCAUCAUGGAGCUCUUACAGGAGUUAUGAAGUGAGAGGCCUUUACAAUGACGGUCUGUCCUGUUGUGUUAAUGCUUUGCUUCAGUCCUUUUCUGCCACAACUGAACUGCUGGACAUACUGAACAAAUGGAAUCCUUCAAAUGGAAUUGAACAAAGUAACAUCCCGUUGCAGUUGAGGAACACACUGCUCUCUGUGAGGGACCCUUCACAUCCAGCUCCACACAAAGCCUUUCUGAACUGCCUCUACCAUCACGCCAUUCGAAGAUACACUCAACAAGACGCCGAUGAAAUAUUCCACAUGAUCCUCAAUCUCAGUCUGAAGCAGAUGCCUGAUCAUGAGCUGGCUCAGGAAAUCCGCAGUGUUUAUCAGAUUGAGGUGGAAACACAGGUGACAUGUAUAGAUUGCACAUUUAUUCACAGAGUGCCCAACUCCUAUUUCAGCCUCCCUCUGGUGAUUCAUGAAAGGGAAAACACCCUGGAGAGCUGCAUCAAAUCUUUCUUCAAGAAACAAAAUCUGGAGGUCAGCGAGAAGUUUUUCUGUGAUCGAUGUGAAAAGAAGCAAUCAUGCUCUUAUGAGCAGAAACUUGUCUCAUUGCCUCAGAUUCUGUGUGUCCACUUGAAAAGAUUCAGAAAUGACCGUGGAUUGACUAAGAAACUCGACAGCAAAGUCACCUUCCCUGAAACACUGAAUAUGAGCGUGUUUGCUGCAGGACAAUCAGAAAAUGCUGCAUCUGAUUCUCCUCAGGCUGAUUACAGUCUGUUUGCAGUAAUAGUUCAUAUAGGACAUGCAAUGUUUGGUCAUUAUACCGCUUUCAUCAAACAAACGCAGGACCAGAUGUGGUAUUAUGCCAAUGACAGCCGCGUGAAUCAAGCUACUUGGAAGGAUGUGCAGAACACAUAUAAAGGAAGAGAAACAGCCUACUUGCUUCUGUACAGAAAGAAGAGUUUGGAUUUGUCUGGAUAACUGAUGGGAAGGCUGCAGCCCUUGAUGUUUUCUGCAAUCAACACUAUGGUUUACUUAAUGCAAAAAAAAAAAUUUCCUCCUUUCUAUGAAUUUGUGCCUUGUUUUUCAUUGCAAUUAUGUAAACAUUCCUAAAACACGAUACAUUUGCAUGAGAUUCAAUAUGGCAUUAUGCCUUGAUUUCUGAAAAAGAGUAUCAAAAUGUAUUUAAUUUAUGCUUAAAACAAAACAAAAAUCUAUUAAUGUUUUUAAUUUAAAAAGAAGUUUGAAUUAAUUUUAUUUUUCUUACUUCACUGACAGAUAUGUAAUUGUUAUUUUUAAGAUGACGUUUAUCCUGUGGUGCUAAAAAGAAUAUUCCAAAAUAGGACCAACAUGUAUUUUUUGUGUAUAAGUCUACAAGUGUUUGAGAUAUAAAUCAGUUCAUGAUGCAUAUAUUUUUAUGUUUAUAUGGGUUUACAUAGGAAAGCAUUUUGUAUAAGAUUACACUAUUUUGUCAGUACAGAUAUUGUGCAGUU